GCAAGAAACUUUAGUCGAAGUUCUGUCGCUACUAGCGAGAGUGCACUGGUUGCUUCGAAUAUUUCAAAACAUUGUAAAUCUGUUUUAAGAGAAAUUUUCCAAAGUUUCACAAUACAGAUUAACACUGUCACAAUGGUCAUAGGAACUUUGAACACAAUUCCAAAAUUUGUGGAAUUGAACGAACUUGCUUCGGAAAGUAAUGGCGGAAAAAUUCUUUUUGCAACGGACGAUUGGUUUGCCAAUGCCGAAAAUUUACUCAAAGACCACGAACCCGUUUGGAAGGAAGGAGUAUUCACGGAAUAUGGAAAAUGGAUGGAUGGUUGGGAAACCAGAAGGAAACGUUGUACUGGUCAUGAUUGGGCUAUCAUAGCUUUGGGUCGUCCAUCCGUUAUCAAAGGUAUUUGUAUAGAUACGGCACUCUUCACUGGAAACUACGCACCAAGAUUUUCUGUACAGGCUGCACGGCUUUCCGAAAAAGAUAAUAAAAAAUUUCCGGCUCGAAAUGGUGUAAUUGGCGCUGCAGCUAAUAAGAGGGAUAUGGAAAAAAUGUCUGUUCUUAAAACAGAGAAUUGGACAACAAUCAUCGACAUGAAAGUACUCGGUGCCGGAUACGAAGAAACGAGACGAAAUUAUUUUACAGUUUCUUCCAGUGAGAUUUGGACUCAUUUGCGUCUCAAUAUAUACCCAGAUGGUGGAAUUGCAAGAUUUCACGUUUAUGGUUUCGCGUCACCUGAUUGGCACAGUAUAAAUCAUAAUGAAGAGAUUGAUCUUAUUGCCAGUGAGAAUGGGAGUAUUUGUGAAGGAUACAGCGACGCUCAUUACGGUCAUCCUCGGAAUUUGAUUAAACCAGGCAGAGGAGUCAAUAUGGGAGACGGUUGGGAAACUGCAAGACGACUUGACAGACCACCGAUUAUAGAAGUUGACAAUGCUGGCAUUUUGCGGGUGCCUGGCAGUGAAUGGGCAAUAUUCAAACUGGGACACGUAGGGGAAAUUCAUCGGAUUGAAGUUGACACCAAUCACUUCAAGGGUAAUUUUCCAGACAGUGUAAAAAUUGAAGGUAUUAUGACGUCACCAGGACAGGACAUUCGAACUGCCAAUUGGAAAGUUGUUAUGACUCCCAAGAAGUUGUCGGCGCACAGGGUACAUGAAUAUUGUUACGAUGACAUGAUCUGGCAUGGACCCAUAAGUCAUGUAAAAGUGUCAAUGGCUCCAGAUGGUGGUAUUUCAAGAGUAAGAGUUUGGGGUUAUAUAAAGCAGCAGUGAAUUUCGGUUAACUUAUUUUAAAAUUUUAAGUUUAUCAUCAAAUUACAUUUUAUCAUUUCACCAUAAAUUUAGACUGCACGAGAUUAUCGCAAAAGUCAUAUUAACAAUGCGAGAAAAGAUUCCAAAAAUUUUCUUUUGCGAUCAAUCUGUAAGAACAAAUGAUAUUAUUAAUUAAGAAUUAGAGUAUGAAGUACGAAUGGUGGUGCAUCACGAGAUGUAAUCGUGUACAUAGGUAUAGAUUACUCAUGACCAGUAUAAAAUGUUCGACAAAGUAUCUCUAUAUUUAUAAAUCUACUAAUACCAUAAAAUUGUAAAAUUAGAUAAUAUAUUUAAAAUUGAAUAAUAAAAUACAAAACUUGAUACGAU